GACACUUUGCACACGGCACGCAGACACGGAUUAUAUUAUCGAUCACCAGAAGUUUACGGUUCAUUAUCAAAAUGGAAGUCGAAGUGGUCACAUCAGAAAGCGUCUGUUUAAAUUCUUCAAAUAUAUGGCUUUUCUGCAUAGAAAAAGAUAAAUACAGUGUGUCAAUGAGAGACUGUCCAUCUGUGCAAGUAAAUGUACGGGUUGCUCAUAUCAGUCCAGCAGAUAAACCAUUGAUAAGACGACGAGUGUUGAUGGCGGAUAGCAGUUGUCUGACGUCGUUGUACAACCAACCCCCACCACAGUUACUGCUCAUCACUAACUCAUGUGAUUUUAAGUUCAACAAAGAUGCAGUUUCUAAAGUUUUCAGUGAUGUGACAGAUUCAUUGGCUCUUAUUUGGUCCUUUGUUAUGAUUCCUGGAGCUCAGCUGAGAUCCCAACCAGACCAUUGCAAUGCAGUCGACCUGCCAGGAAUGCCAGUUUGUGAUUAUGAAGAUUUGAACUGUUCAUGUAUACACGGGAUAAGUAUUUUCUCAACAACUCCAACAGAUCAACAAGAUCAGAGUAAAAGUACGUGUAUGCCUGUAGAUAUCAACAUGGACGAUCAAGUUGAAGUAGACACUGUUCAGUACACAGCUACAAUACCAAUCAAAGGUUCAACAUAUGGUGAGGAGUACCAGAACAAUCUAAAAUUUGCACGUACCUCCAUUAGAUUGAGAAAAGAAGUUUUAGUUGAACUGUCACGCGAGACAGAUAACCCAAAAGACAAAAACGCACUUAUAAUCAAGGCAAACAUUGAUGGUCAGCUACAUCUCCUAGGUUAUGUAGGACUCCAGCAUGUCCCCAAACAUUGAUGGUCAGCUACAUCUCCUAGGUUAUGUAGGACUACAGCAUAUCCCCAAGGUUGCAGCAGCAAUGAAGAAAAAUGAAUUAGUGAAAACUACAGUUAAACAUGUUACCUCAUAGAUUGUGAAAAACAUUAAUGAAAGAAAGUUAAGAGGUUCUUUGUUGCUAUGAAAGACGGGCAAGUGGCUGUCAGAUGCACAGGACAAUAUGUACAACUCUGAGUUCUGAUCAACUGUACCGUAUGUCAUGUAUAUGGGACAUUUCCAAAUGUUCAUGAAAUAUCUCUUGUCUUGCUUUAGAUGAUCAAUGUUUAUAUAUAUAUAUAUAUUUGUAAUUGUAAUAAAGAUUUAUGU